AUGGUGCACCACAAUAUAACUAUUGCUCUCGACGGUAUGAUAAGGGAUUUAGGCCCGGAGGAGGCUUCUCAAGUAAGCAAAGACGACGAACGCAAAGGGAACGUGACCUACGGAAUCGACGACACGCCGCCAUGGUACCUCUGCAUCUUCAUGGCUUUACAGCACUACCUCACAAUGAUUGGCGCCAUUGUAGCGAUACCAUUUAUCUUGUGCCCGGCGCUGUGCAUGCAGGAGACUGACCCAGACCGUUCAAACAUCAUUUCUACAAUGAUCUUCGUGACUGGUCUGAUCACCUGGUUGCAAUGUACCUUCGGCUGUCGUCUUCCAAUAGUCCAAGGCGGCACGAUUUCAUUCCUCGUCCCAACGCUGGCCAUCCUCGGUCUGCCUGCAUGGAAGUGCCCGAAUGAGGAAACCCUGGCCGCAAUGACUGAUGAGGAGAGGCGCCAAGUGUGGACCAGUCGAAUGUGUGAGUUGUCUGGCGCAAUAGCUGUAUCCGCUCUGUUCCAGUUGUUUUGCUAUUUCGGCAUAAUAGGCUCCAUACUACGAUUCGUAACUCCACUGACAAUAGCCCCAACGGUAGCGCUGGUGGGACUCACUCUCUUCGAUCAUGCAGCCGAAGCCGCUUCGCAGCAGUGGGGCAUCGCAGCUGGGACUUUUACAUUAUUAACAAUAUUCUCUCAGUGUAUGGGAGAAGUCAAAAUACCGACCGUAGCGUACAAAAAGGGUUCCGGUUGCGGCGUAUCCUGGUUUCCGCUAUUCAAAUUGUUUCCGGUUCUUCUUACGAUAGCGAUAAUGUGGACGGUGUGUGGUAUAUUGACGGUAACAGACGUGUUUCCUGCGGGACACCCCGCGCGCACCGACCUGAAGGUCAACAUAAUACAGGACGCCCCCUGGUUCAGAGUGCCAUAUCCAGGGCAAUGGGGUGUACCGACAGUGAGUGUUGCCGGCGUGUUAGGAAUGCUGGCCGGUGUUCUGGCUUGUACUGUGGAGUCCAUCAGCUAUUACCCGACCACAGCCAGGAUGUGUGGGGCGCCUCCCCCACCCUUGCACGCGAUCAACCGCGGCCUGGGUACCGAAGGUCUGGGCACCAUGUUGGCGGGCCUGUGGGGUUCUGGCAACGGUACUAACACGUUCGGAGAGAAUGUCGGCGCUAUUGGUGUUACAAAGGUGGGGUCGCGGCGCGUGGUGCAGUGGGCGGCGGCGCUGAUGGUUCUUCAGGGCGUUGUGGGCAAGCUGGGCGCCGUCUUCAUCAUCAUCCCGCAGCCUAUCGUCGGUGGCCUCUUCUGCGUCAUGUUCGGCAUGAUCUCUGCUUUCGGUCUGUCUGCGCUGCAAUAUGUGAACCUGAACAGCUCUCGUAACCUGUACAUCAUCGGGUUCAGCCUGUUCUUCCCACUGGUGCUGACGCGCUGGAUGUCAGCGCACAGCGGCCGCAUCAGCACCGGGCUGGAGGCGCUGGACGCCGUGCUGCAGGUGCUGCUGUCCACCUCCAUCCUCGUAGGAGGGGUGAUCGGUUGCCUGCUCGAUAACCUCAUACCUGGGACGGAUGAGGAGCGUGGACUGGAGGCAUGGGCGCAGGAGAUGUCGCUGGAAGCGGCUGGAGUCAGCGAGCAUGGCGACACCUACGACUUCCCCGUCGGCAUGUCCUACAUACGCAGAUGGAAAUGGACGACUUAUCUCCCUUUCAUGCCGACGUACGAGGCCGGCAAAUUCAGUGCGCUGUUCAAACGGAAAAAGGACAGCUGA